GCGGGCAGCAGGGCGCGCGGGGCACUGAUGGAGCUCAUGGACGUGGCGAACCUGCUGCUGCUGGACGAGGCUGAGGAGGUGCAAGUCGCAAUGGAGGGAGGCUAUGUGGCGAUGAUGGCGUAUGGCGCGGAGGAGGAUGCAGCGGUGGAGGCGAUGCUGCUCGAUGCCCUCCUGCGCCUCGCGCUGCUGCCGCACUCCCAACCUGCUCGCGUCUGCGCUGCCUCUGUACUGGUGCGCUGUGCAGCGGUGAUGAGCCGCCCCCUCUUUGAGCACCGAGCCGUGCCGCACCUGCUUGCGCUCGCUGCUGACGUGCACUUCCAAGUCAGAAAGGCUGUAGCAGAGGGCUUGGCGCAGUGCUGCAGGGCCAUGGGGGCGAAUGCGGCAUGCCUGGACGGCUCGCUGUUGGGAGAGGAGAGGGACGCACAGGCAGCAGCAGGUCUGGGAGGAGCAGCGGCAGCAGCAGAGGGAGUGGGAUUAGCAGGAGGAGGUGAAGGUACAGGGGCUGUGGCAGCUGCUGCAGGUGAGAUGGAGAGUGCAAACGCUGCAGCACAGGGGCUUGAAGCUGCAAGUGAUUUGUCAAGAGAAGCUGCACCUGCUACUGAGGAAGUCAGUAUGGGGGAUGUGGGGCUCGCAGGAGAGACAAGGGUGCAGGGUGGUGGGAUGGUGUCUGGAGCGGUGCGGCACGGUGGAAUGGGGUCUGAGAGUUGGGGGGAGAUUGAAGAAGUGCGGGAGACUAGGGAGGAAGCGGGUGAGCUUGAAGACCUGGUGCACAUGUUUACGAGCAUGGCACAGCCAGUGCCCAUGGGUGAUGAUGGCGAUGCAGAUGCAGACGAUGACCGCCUGCCGCUCUACUGCGCCUUCAACUUCCCAGCGGUGGUGGUGGGGCUGGGCCCAUCGCGCUGGUGGGAGCUGGAAGCAGCAUACGCGCACCUGCUCGCCUCGCCCCAUUGCCCCCAUGCGCGCACUGCUGACACCGUAAGCCUAGUGCCCCCCCCAUCACCCCAUGUGAGUGCAUGCUGUCAACCACUCUUCCCUCGCCCCUCCACCCUCACUCACUCUUGUCAUCUCUCUCCGUCUCCAUCUUUUCCCUCACCCAUUCCUCCUCCCUCGAACCCCUGCCUCCUCUCCUCUCCACCAAUCGUGGCGUGCCAGCUGGCGGUGCGGCGCACGCUGGCGUGUCACGUGCAUGAGCUGGCGGGGCUGCUGGGGCCGGCCAUCACCGUGCGCUGCCUGCUUCCUGCGCUGCAGGCGUUAGUGUGCGACGAAGACGAGGUGCGUGGGUUUGGGAGGAAGGAUGGGAGAGGGAGGGCAGGGGUGUGCGGGGCUGCUGGGGCCAGCUAUCACCGUGCGCUGCCUGCUGCCGGCCCUCCAGGCGCUCGUGUGCGACGAGGACGACGUGGGUUGGUGGGGGGAAGGCGGGAGAGCGUGGGCAGGGGUGUAAGGGGGUUCCUGUGUCGGAUGCGUGUGCUGCCUGCUGCCGGCCCUCCAGGCGCUCGUGCGCGACGAGGACGAGGACGAGGUGGGCGGGUGAGGGAGGAAGGAGUGGAGACGGAGAGCAGGGGCGUGUGGUGCGGGGCUGCUGGGCCCAGCAAUCACCGUGCGCUGCCUGCUGCCGCGCUGGAGGCACUGGUGUGCGACGAGGACGAGGUGCGCAUGGCGUUGGUGCCCACAUUCACGGCCUUCAUGGCGUGUCUGCCCGCCUCCCACCGCCCGCACUGCGUGUUCUGCUACGCAUCCCCCUCAAUGCCCCCUUCCACUCCCCCCCUGUGGACCCCCAUCAGUAGUGGUGUGAUCCAGGAGGCAAGUGUAGAUGGUGAGGAGUAUGUGGAUAGCCCUCGGUACCCACCGCCGCCAAGGAGCCUCGUGGCUGGUGCUGCGGAUGGGGCUGUUGAGGGUGGGAGUAACACGUGUGACAGUGGCGAGAGAGAGGUAAAUCCAUGUGACAGUAACGAUGGGGAGCGGCUGGAAGCUGGGCAGGGUGGUGAGGGAAAGGAGGCGAGGGAGGAGGCGAGGGAGGAAGUGAGAGAGGAGACGAGGGAGGAAGUGAGGGAGGAGGCGAGGGAGGAAGUGAGGGAGGAGGCGAGGGAGGAGAGCGGUGGGCUGUGGGCGAAGAUAGUGAGUGGGCUGGGUGGCCUUGGGACAGGCGGUUGGCUGGGGGAGGUGGCAUUUGGGGGAGGCGUGGAGGUUAAGGGUGGGGAGGUGUCAUUGGGGGGUGGUGUGGAUGGUGGUGGCGGGGAGGUGGCAUCUGAAGCGGGAGUGGAUGGUGGUGGAGGGGAGGUGGGGCGUGAGUGUGCAAGGCAGAGUGUGGAGGGGGGUGAGAGGCGUGGUGAUGAUAGUUUGAAUGAAGGGAGUGAGAGCAGUAGUACUAGUGGUAAUGGUGUGAUCGAGGGGAGUGAGAGUAAUGGGGAUAGGUUGAGCGAGGGGAGUGGGAGAGGGAACGAGGGGAACGGGGCAGAGGGAGAAGAAGGAGCAGUGGGGACAGAAAGGGCAAAUGGGGCAGAGGGGGCAGACGGGGCAGACGGGGCAGAGGGGGCAAAUGGGGCAGAGAGAGCAGAGGCAGCAGAAGAAGCGGAGAGGAAAGUGCAGGGGUCGCAGGCUGACCGCAACCGCGUGCGCCCGCAGAUGCGUGUGGCCGGCCAGGAGAGCUCCUGGCACCUGCGCCUCGCUGCUCUCAGCCAAGCAUCAGGAGUGGCGCAGUUGCUGCCGCCCAACAGCGCCGCCCUGCCUCUCCUCAUCGACCUCGCUCUCUCCCUCUGCAGGGAUCGGAUCGCUACCGUCCGGGAGGAGGCAGCCAGACAGGUGAGGAGAGGAGAGGGGGGAGGGGGUACUGGGGUCCUAUAG